GCUAGCCACGAUACAGUGCGUUCAGAUGUGCUGCUCUGCGCUGCUCGCAGUGCUGUUAAACGCGCCUAUUGUAUUGUAGGUAUCCGGCCCGCUUGUCUUCCCAUGCUUUCAGCGUCUCAGGAAUGAAGAGGUUGCUCAAUAAACGAUAUUGACAUGAAGAAGGACAUAGAGGUGCUGAUAGCAGAGGAACGUGCUGAGAUCCUCUCUAAAUAUAUUAAGGGCAGAGACGCAGGUGUUCAGAUUGAUCCUUGGGAGGAUGCAGACUACAGUAUAUACAGAGUCACUGAUCGCUUUGGAUUUCUUCAUGAAGAAGAACUCCCCACACCAAGUGUGCUUGAAGAGAAGCAAAAACAGGUGGAGAUUGAGAGGGUACAGAAAUGGCUGAAGAUGUUAAAGAACUGGAGCAAGUACAAGAACAGUGACCGGAUGAUUAAGAGGGUUUAUAAAGGAAUUCCACUACAGUUGAGAGGGCAAGCCUGGGCCCUGCUACUGGAUGUUGAGAAAGUGAAGAACGAUAAUGCAGGAAAGUAUGAGAGAAUGAAGGAGCAAGCCCAACUGUACUCCCCAGAAAUAAAACAAAUUGACCUUGAUAUCAACAGGACCUUUCGAAACCACAUCAUGUUCAUGGAUAGAUUCGGUCUGAAGCAGCAAUCUUUAUUCCAUGUGCUCUCUGCAUACUCAGUUUAUAACACGGAAGUGAGUUACUGCCAGGGCAUGAGUCAGAUUGCUGCUAUUCUGUUAAUGUUCAUGAAUGAAGAGGAUGCUUUCUGGGCUCUGACGCAGCUGUUGACCAAUCAGAAACAUGCAAUGCAUGGAUUCUUCAUCCCCGGAUUUCCCAAACUUCAGCGGUUCCAGAACCACCACGACCAGAUUCUUUCCAAACUUUUACCCAAACUAAAGAAACAUUUGGAUAAGGAGCAGAUGUCUAGUGGCAUUUACAGCACUAAAUGGUUCCUCCAAUGUUUUAUUGACAGGACCCCAUUCACUUUGACCUUACGUCUGUGGGACAUCUUCAUCCUAGAGGGCGAAAAAGUUCUGACAGCCAUGGCGUACACUAUCCUACAGCUCCACAAAAAGCAUUUGCUUAAGAUGUCCCUGGAGGACCUGAGAGAGUUCCUGCAGGAGAAGAUAGGAGAAUCCAUCUACCUCAGUGAUGACCUGGUCAUAGAGCAGCUUAAGGUGUUCAUGUCAGAACUUCGCAAAAUGAAGCUAGACUUCCCACCACCAGCUAAGCCUGAUGAGUUUCCAAGAGAGCCUCUAGGUCUGGAGCUGCCUGUAGUUCUGACUCCGUUGAAAUGGCCCAAACCAAGCCCCUCAGAAGAUACGCCCAACAAAGCCCUACUCACCAAACGCCCACCUUCCUCUCUGCACAUCUCUCUAGAGCAGGAGUCCAUCAUGUUGGAUGACAGCCCUCCACAGGACAAAAAGCCCUUCAAAGAUGGAGGCACAGGCAGUAUGUCACCCCUGCCCUCACCUGAUCCUGUUCUAGUGCACAGUCAGAUUCCGCUUACUCUUGACGGGGCCCCUGAAGAUGGUGGGGAAUGGCCCCCUCCAUAUGAACCCCCUAAAAACACUGUCCCAAAGCUUGGUGAAAUGCAAAACCAACCUGUGCUGCAUGACCCUACUCCAUCUACAACUUUGGAUGAUAGAUUGCUAACUGUAAUGUCUUCUGGUACAAAGCCUUCACAAACAUCUAACAACUUUGAGCAGGACACUUUAGAGACAGCAGGGGGCAGUGUGGAGGUUGAUAUACCCCCAGACAAUUUCCAACCAACAUUAUCCAUUUCCAUGGCUUGUGAGUCAUGUCAGCCUUCCAGGAUUUCCAGUUAUGAAAAUCUAAAUGAGGAACGGGUGGGAGAUGAUGAAAAUCAGUAUUUGGACAAAUGUUCAGAGAGAUUCGCCAUAUCAACCAAAAUCUCCUUGACAGCAUGUGACCAGUCCCAGUUACCAGCCAAGGGAAUCCCCACAGUUCACUCAGACCCUCUUUUUCAGCAUCCACCCCAAACCAGCCAAUUCCUGCCCAAAUCAGAGACUUUUUAAGCUGCCAGCCAACUAUUGUACCCCAGUGUAUUGCAAGUGUUCUAUUGGAAAGCAUACAGUUAAUGCUUUUUAUUAAGCAAAUAUUUUAAUAUUUACCAUUGAUUUGCUUGUAUUUGGGGGUAGAAGCAGCAUUAUGUACUUUUAAGACCAGAAUGCUCUAAAAGCUCAACAUAAUUCUAGAUAAAGAUUUCAGAACAAAAGUGAGCUGGCUCACUGCUCAAGACAGAUCUAUAACCAAUUAAAUUAUGAACUACCUUCUGACAUUUCUCCGCCACUGGAUGUGGGUUUGCACAGAACCACCACUGAAUUACACCACAUCACCACCAAUGUCUUUGCAAUUUCUUUGACCAGAUAUGAUGAAAUGCUAAUAGCUGUAAAAGAGUUGUUCUGAACCACACUCUGGAAAAUGACACAUUUCCACUGCAGCAUUUUUUUUUUAAACAUUUUGUUUUUGUGAAACAUGCAAAAUGUCAUCAGUCAUUUGCUAAUAUGAUAUGGCUUAUGUAUUUAUUACAUAUUACAAUACUUAUUUAUUAAUAUUUUUCAAAUCCAUGAUAAAUGACAGCAGCUUGCCCUUUAUUAUAGGUAAUGGAGUUAUAUACUCAGUCCUUGGUGAUUUUAUUUCAAAUGGGCUCAGUCUGUGAUAUGAUUUUGUUGAUGCCAGCUUUAUUUUAAAAUGUAAAUUCUGCAAUGUCCACAUGCCAAUAUUUAUAAUUCUGAUAGAAAAUGCCACUAAUUGUAAAUAGUAUAAUGGAAUGUGCAGCAAUUCAAAUGAGCACCAGGCUGUCAGAGAAUGCCUCAAAAUGAUUUGCCAAAAUAAUUUCAUAUUCGAGCUGCAGUGUUUUUGUAAUGAAACUUCCAAUAUACUUUCAAAAAUAUUUUAACAUUUACAAGUUUUAAUUUCAUAACAAUUUCAUAAUCAAAUUGAAUUGUGUAAUGUUUAACAAAUGUAAACUUACAAAGUUUAAAAUAUUUAGUUUUUUAUUCAUUUAUUUUAUUAAAGAUUACUCCAUUCAAUUUAGUUUUGUUAUGAAAUUGAAAUUGACAAAUCUUAAAAUUAUUUUAUUGAGUGUAGAAAAGCUGAUGGCAAUAGAAAAAUUGCCUUUAAUAAGAUUGAGUUAUAUUUUUCUGGUUAUUUCUAACCACAACUUGAUGUACAUUUAUAUGUACUUGUUUUUCAUUUGAAUGUUGUAUGUAUAUUGUACAUUUAGCUUUUGUACAUGUAGCAUUAGUAUUGUAUUUUAAUGCUCAUAGGCUUUUUUUGUGUUGGUAAUUUAAAUGGAUUUUUUCUCUGAUGGUUGCAUGGUCUAACGAAGGCCUAAUUUUUGUACACAAUUAACUUAUUAACAGAUUCAUGCUUUGAGAUGUGUAUUGUUGUAUUGUCUCAUUGCUAUGUAUACAAAAACUAUAAUUUUGUCUUUACAGAGAAAAUAACUAUGAAAUUAAGAUGUAAUCCUUAGUUAACAAUGAAAAUAAGUAUUCUGAACUUCAUUGAUCUUAAAACAGGUUUUCUCAUAAAGGACCUAUAUUGACUCACAGAAUGCCAAUGUAAAUUUGAUCCACUGAAAAUGUCUUAUCCUCAUAACUAAGCAUUGUAAGGAUCAACAUGUGUUCAGUGCAUUGCUUGAGUUAUGAAUACAUUAGUGUACGUUCCUUUUUUAAGGAGUUUUGAGAACUCCAACCAAAAGACUUUGGUUUUAUUCAGAAUGUACAUAUUGAACAUAUUUACUUUGUGAUUCUAUGUUUGAGGUAUAUUUGCAUCUAUGUUUGAGUUAGUUUUGCAAAAAUAGACAUUUUCUAA